GCGCGCGGGGGAGGCGCCGGGGAGGAGCGCGCUGCGCCGCCGCCCGGCCUGCCGCCGCUCGGUGCGGGUCCGCGGGGCGCGAGGAGCGGCGAGACCGCGGCCUGGAACAAAGGGAGGCCGGCGCGGGCGGGGGCGGCGCGAGCAUGGCGGACCGCAGCCUGGAGGGCAUGGCGCUGCCCCUGGAGGUGCGCGCCCGGCUGGCAGAGCUGGAGCUGGAGCUGUCGGAAGGUGACAUCACACAAAAAGGAUAUGAAAAGAAGAGAUCAAAAUUGAUUGGAGCCUACCUGCCCCAGCCUCCGACAGCGAAUGGAGCUGCCGUGGUCCGGUGUAGACUGCAGCACAGUGAAGGAGCCCCGAGAAGAAUGCUGCAGGCUGGCAACAUCGGGGUGUGUGACAUCCGAGACGCCGCGGUCAGAGAGCGGGCGGCCAGCACCGCAGGAAACCGGCCACUGUUUUACUUUCGUUUCGGGGUGGAUCAAGCUUUGCCUCCAGAGCGCCGGGCUCCAGUUACUCCUUCCUCUGCCUCUCGCUAUCACCGCCGAAGGUCCUCAGGGUCACGAGAUGAGCGCUAUCGGUCAGACGUCCAUACAGAAGCUGUCCAGGCUGCGCUCGCUAAACACAAAGAAAGGAAGAUGGCAGUGCCUAUGCCUUCCAAACGCAGGUCCUUGGUUGUGCAGACUUCGAUGGAUGCCUACACACCCCCAGAUACCUCCUCUGGCUCAGAAGACGAAGGCUCGGUCCAGGGCGACUCACAGGGGACUCCCACGUCCAGCCAGGGCAGCAUCAACAUGGAGCACUGGAUCAGCCAGGCCAUCCAUGGCUCCACCACCUCCACGACCUCGUCGUCUUCCACCCAGAGUGGGGGCAGCGGCGCUGCCCACAGGCUGGCUGACGUCCUGGCGCAGACACACAUAGAAAAUCACUCUGCACCUCCUGACGUAACCACUUACACCUCAGAACAUGCAAUCCAAGUAGAAAGGCCGCAAGGCUCCACGACGUCGCGGACAGCCCCGAAGUAUGGCAAUGCCGAGCUCAUGGAGACUGGCGAUGGUGUGCCUGUAAGUAGCCGCGUAUCCGCAAAGAUCCAGCAGCUUGUCAAUACCCUCAAACGACCCAAACGACCACCCUUACGGGAAUUCUUCGUCGAUGACUUUGAAGAACUACUAGAAGUUCAACAACCAGAUCCAAACCAGCCAAAGCCAGAGGGAGCCCAGAUGUUGGCGAUGCGUGGGGAGCAGCUGGGUGUGGUUACAAAUUGGCCCCCAUCGUUAGAAGCAGCGUUACAGCGAUGGGGGACCAUCUCACCAAAGGCCCCGUGCUUGACCACGAUGGACACAAAUGGAAAACCUCUCUACAUCCUCACUUACGGCAAACUGUGGACAAGAAGUAUGAAGGUUGCUUACAACAUUCUGCAUAAAUUAGGUACAAAACAAGAGCCUAUGGUGCGACCUGGAGAUAGGGUGGCACUGGUGUUCCCCAACAACGACCCCGCUGCCUCCAUGGUGGCUUUCUAUGGCUGCCUGCUGGCCGAAGUCGUGCCUGUGCCCAUUGAGGUGCCCCUCACCAGAAAGGAUGCAGGAAGUCAGCAGAUUGGGUUCUUGCUUGGAAGCUGUGGGGUGACUGUAGCCUUGACGAGCGAUGCUUGCCACAAGGGGCUGCCAAAGAGCCCGACGGGGGAGAUCCCACAGUUCAAAGGUUGGCCAAAACUAUUAUGGUUUGUCACAGAGUCAAAACAUCUCUCUAAACCUCCUCGAGAUUGGUUCCCGCACAUUAAGGAUGCAAAUAAUGACACUGCGUAUAUUGAGUACAAGACGUGCAAGGAUGGAAGUGUGCUCGGGGUGACCGUGACGAGGAUUGCGCUUCUGACCCACUGCCAGGCCCUCACACAGGCGUGUGGCUACACAGAAGCUGAAACGAUUGUGAAUGUGUUGGAUUUCAAGAAAGACGUUGGGCUCUGGCAUGGAAUCCUUACGAGCGUCAUGAACAUGAUGCAUGUGAUCAGCAUCCCCUAUGCACUGAUGAAGGUGAACCCGCUGUCCUGGAUUCAGAAGGUCUGCCAGUACAAAGCAAAAGUGGCCUGUGUCAAAUCCCGGGACAUGCACUGGGCCUUGGUGGCGCACAGGGAUCAGAGAGACAUCAACCUCUCCUCUCUCCGGAUGCUGAUAGUGGCCGACGGCGCAAACCCCUGGUCUAUUUCUUCCUGUGAUGCAUUUCUCAACGUCUUCCAAAGUAAAGGUCUACGCCAAGAAGUCAUCUGCCCCUGCGCCAGCUCACCAGAGGCUCUCACUGUGGCCAUCCGGAGGCCCACCGAUGACAGCAACCAGCCCCCAGGCCGUGGCGUCCUCUCCAUGCAUGGGCUGACCUAUGGGGUCAUCCGAGUGGACUCAGAGGAAAAGCUGUCUGUACUCACCGUGCAAGACGUCGGCCUCGUGAUGCCUGGAGCCAUCAUGUGUUCAGUGAAGCCUGAUGGGGUUCCCCAGCUGUGCAGGACAGACGAAGUCGGGGAGCUCUGCGUGUGCGCGGUGGCCACGGGCAUGUCCUACUACGGCCUCUCGGGUAUGACCAAGAACACCUUUGAGGUGUUCCCGGUGACGAGCUCAGGGGCCCCGGUCAGUGAGUACCCCUUCGUGAGGACGGGCUUGCUUGGCUUCGUUGGCCCUGGAGGGCUUGUGUUCGUGGUGGGCAAGAUGGACGGGCUUAUGGUGGUCAGCGGGCGCAGACACAACGCCGAUGACAUCGUGGCCACAGCACUGGCUGUGGAACCCAUGAAGUUCGUCUACAGGGGAAGAAUAGCCGUGUUUUCAGUGACUGUCCUGCACGACGAAAGGAUUGUGAUUGUGGCUGAGCAGAGGCCAGACUCCACGGAAGAGGACAGCUUCCAGUGGAUGAGCAGGGUGCUGCAGGCAAUCGACAGUAUACAUCAAGUUGGGGUUUAUUGUCUGGCCUUGGUUCCAGCAAACACCCUCCCCAAAACCCCACUCGGAGGCAUCCAUUUGUCCGAAACGAAGCAGCUCUUCCUGGAGGGCUCACUUCACCCCUGCAAUGUCCUCAUGUGUCCCCACACGUGCGUUACAAACCUGCCUAAGCCUCGGCAGAAGCAACCAGAGAUCGGCCCUGCCUCUGUGAUGGUGGGGAACCUGGUGUCUGGGAAGAGGAUCGCACAGGCCAGUGGCAGAGACUUGGGCCAGAUAGAAGACAAUGACCAGGCCCGGAAGUUCCUGUUCCUCUCGGAGGUCCUGCAGUGGAGGGCGCAGACCACCCCUGACCACGUGCUGUACACGCUGCUCAACUGUAGGGGCACAAUAGCAAACUCGCUGACGUGUGUCCAGCUGCACAAGCGGGCUGAGAAGAUAGCCGUGAUGCUGAUGGAGAGGGGACACCUGCAGGACGGGGACCACGUCGCCCUGGUCUACCCACCAGGGAUAGACCUCAUCGCUGCAUUCUAUGGCUGCCUGUAUGCAGGCUGCGUGCCCAUCACCGUCCGUCCCCCACACCCACAGAACAUCGCCACCACGCUGCCCACCGUGAAGAUGAUCGUGGAGGUGAGCCGUUCUGCCUGUCUGAUGACAACACAACUGAUCUGUAAAUUGUUACGGUCCAGGGAGGCAGCUGCGGCGGUGGAUGUCAGGGCCUGGCCCCCUAUACUAGACACAGAUGAUUUGCCAAAGAAGCGGCCUGCCCAGAUCUAUAAACCUUCCAACCCAGACACUCUAGCUUAUCUUGAUUUCAGUGUGUCCACAACCGGGAUGCUAGCUGGAGUGAAGAUGUCUCAUGCAGCCACCAGUGCCUUCUGCCGUUCUAUUAAGCUGCAGUGUGAGCUCUACCCCUCGAGAGAAGUGGCCAUUUGCUUGGACCCUUACUGUGGACUUGGGUUUGUCCUGUGGUGCCUCUGUAGCGUGUACUCUGGGCACCAGUCCAUCCUCAUCCCACCGGCAGAGCUGGAGACCAACCCUGCCUUGUGGCUGCUUGCCGUGAGUCAGUACAAAGUCCGUGAUACAUUUUGCUCCUAUUCAGUGAUGGAACUGUGCACCAAGGGCCUGGGAUCACAGACAGAAUCCCUCAAGGCACGAGGACUGGACUUGUCCCGCGUGCGGACCUGUGUGGUGGUGGCAGAGGAGCGGCCCCGGAUAGCACUCACCCAGUCUUUCUCAAAACUGUUCAAAGACCUGGGCCUCCACCCGCGGGCCGUUAGCACCUCGUUUGGCUGUCGAGUGAACCUGGCAAUUUGCUUGCAGCCUCACCGGCUGUGGAAGCUGGCCGAGCAGGGAACAUCGGGGCCCGAUCCGACCACCGUCUAUGUGGACAUGAGAGCUCUGAGACAUGACAGAGUACGCUUAGUGGAAAGAGGCUCUCCUCAUAGUUUGCCCCUGAUGGAGUCAGGAAAAAUACUUCCAGGGGUACGGAUCAUCAUUGCCAAUCCAGAAACGAAAGGACCCUUGGGAGACUCACAUCUGGGCGAGAUCUGGGUUCACAGUGCCCACAAUGCCAGUGGUUACUUCACUAUUUAUGGAGAUGAAUCCCUCCAGUCAGAUCACUUCAACUCAAGAUUAAGCUUUGGAGACACACAGACAGUCUGGGCACGAACAGGCUACUUGGGAUUUCUACGGAGAACUGAACUCACUGAUGCAAAUGGAGAGCGCCAUGAUGCCCUCUACGUGGUGGGGGCCCUGGACGAGGCCAUGGAGCUGCGCGGCAUGAGGUAUCACCCGAUAGACAUCGAGACCUCGGUCAUCAGAGCCCACAAGAGCGUCACGGAAUGUGCCGUGUUCACCUGGACAAACUUGCUGGUGGUUGUGGUUGAGCUCGAUGGGUCCGAGCAGGAAGCCCUGGACCUGGUCCCCCUGGUGACCAACGUGGUCCUGGAGGAGCACUACCUGGUGGUGGGGGUGGUGGUGGUGGUGGACAUCGGCGUCAUCCCCAUCAACUCGCGGGGCGAGAAGCAGCGCAUGCACCUGCGUGACGGCUUCCUGGCCGACCAGCUGGACCCCAUCUACGUGGCCUACAACAUGUAGAUGCCACGUAGUAUCCCUUCUACAUGGCCUAUAGCAUGUAGACGCCCGGGGCCCCCAUUUACGUGGCCUGCAGCAUGUAGACGCCACAUAGUGUCCCAUCUACAUGGCCUGCAACAUGUAGAUGCCCGGGGCCCCCAUCUACGUGGCCUACAAUGUGUAGACGCCCACGUAGGACGCCCGGGGCCCCUGUCUACGUGGCCUACAACGUGUAGACGCCACAUAGUAUUUCAUCUACGUGGCCUACAACAUGUAGACACCUGGGGCCCCCAUCUACAUGGCCUACAACAUGUAGACACACACGUAGUGUCCUAUCUACGUGGCCUACAACAUGUACACGCCUGGGGCCUCCAUUUACGUGGCCCACAGCAUGUAGAUGCCUGGGGCCCCCUGUUCAGUGUCGCAAGUGUGGGCACCAGGGCACCUUCCCCAGCAGAGCCUCACCAUGUGGUGGGGAGACUUCCCAUGCAUCCUGGUCGCACAGGGAUGAGACGUGAAUGUGAAGUUUGCUCACGAGGACUUUGCGUUAACUGCCUUUAGUUUGUUGGAAAAGCCCAUUUCAAGAACUUUCUUUUCUUUUUUUUUAAUUAUUGAAUAAUAAGUGCUUUCUUCGUAAAUGUGGUAUUUUGUUAAGCCAAAAUAGCAAUUAAAAAAAAUAUUCUGCCCUCCAGAUGGGUUCUUUUAAACAAUUCAUGUAGUGUGACAAAGAAUUGUUUUCUCUGUUUUAAUGUGUCAUGAAAUCUUAAUGCCAUGGACCUGCUACUGAUUUAAGCCAUUGCUGGAGCCCAUCCUUUUAGGACAGUGUGUCAAGGUACGAGAAAGCCUUCCAAAUAGCACCUUCCAAUUAGAUUUUAGCCGCUUUCUUUGUCAGAAACAUACUCAAGAAACAGACUGAUGAUCGGCCCUCCAAGUUAUCAUAGAAUGAGAGGAAAUUAUAAAUAAGGUGUAUUUCGGCAAUUACCUUGCAGAUAUCUUUGUACUAAACUAAAAAGAUAAAAUAAGUUAACUCCAUAUGUAAUUAUGUACAAAACGUUUAAUUUAUUUUGAUCUCUUUAGAAGUAUAACAGAGAAAACAUUCAAGAAUAUUAAAGUCUUGUAAUGUUUGCUAAUAUAAAAAGUGUUGUAUUAUCUUGCGUGGAUAGCAUCACAACAGAUAUAUAUAUAUAUGAGAUAUAAGUUCACUAAGAACAAAGGGAAUUUUAAAGUUUAAAACACAGAACCUGUCACUUGCAUGGUGUCCCCUCCGCUGCACUGUAGAUAGACUCUCGCCGUUGCUGGUGUGAGCAACCAGACGGCCUGCAGCCCAGAGCUUCUAUUCUGGAGCCAGAGACCAGCUGUGGGGCCAGCGCCUCGGAGGUGGCGGACUGGAGCCGGGUGUGCACUUUCCCUCUGCCGCGGGGUCGUGACGGACUGUCGGUGCCGCGUGCCCACCGCAACGCGUGGCCCGGGGAGCAGCUGGCCCACUGCACGCGCUCCCUCGGCUACAAGAAUUCAUUGCACAGUGUUUUCAUCAUUUUGUUUGUCACCUUUUUUUGGUCCUUGGUAUGAAAAGGAAUGUUGUUCUGUGGUCAUUGGCAGCGGGUUGCGCUGACUCCCUCAGCGGCUUUAAGGGAGGAGACUCACUAGGAGGUCAUGCACGGAGCUGCCCCAGCUGUGCUGGCUGGAGUGGGAGGCCCCCAGCCCCGUCGUCGCUCCUGCUGCAAGGACAUGCUUCUGAUUUCCGUCUCUUGCUGCUGCUGCCGCCGCCUCAUGCACCUUGAAAUUUUGAAAGCCCCUCGCACACUCCUGGAUUGAACCAGCUCAUUGGCGUCCAGCCAAGAAGAGGUACCGGCUUCCGAGUGAGAUCCCCUCCAUGAUUGCCCCAGUGUGCCCGGGGUUCCUGUGCGGGGUCUGCCUGGUUCAGAGUGUUGCUGGCGAGACUGAGACCCUCUCUGUGUGGUGGUCUCACCUGCCUUGCUCUGUGCACUGGCACUGAGCCCUUUGCCACAAGAGAAUUUUGUUUGACUUCGGAGAUCCAAGGCUAAUUGCUGUUAGAAUUUUAAGUGGCAUUUUUUAAAAAUUUGUCUGCAUGUGGGGUUUCUUCCAUCUCCACAGGUUAUUUGAUUUUUAAAAUAAUAUUUUGAUUUCAUUGCUGUGUAUGAGUAUUUCUCCACACGCUUCAGAUAAACAUUCCCAGUCUUCUGCUUCCCAAGGGGGACCCCACCACAUACAGAGAAGACACCUGCCCACCAUGUGGAAGGGCCAGGGGGACCCCACCACACACACAGAAGAGAAAUGCCCACUGUGUGGAAGUGUAGGGGGGACCCCACCACACGCAGAAGGUACACGCUCACCAUGUGGAAGGGCUGGGGGGACCCUACCACACACACACAAGAUACACGCCCACUGUGUAGAAGUGUAGGGGGGACCCCACCACACACCCACCGUGUGGAAGGGUAGGGGGGCCCCCAACACAGAAGAUACACACCCACCAUGUGGAAGGGCCAGGGGGAACCCCACCCCCACACACACACACACCCCAUGUUGAAGGGUAGGGGGACCCAAACACAGAAGAUACACUCCCACCAUGUGGAAGGGUACGGGGGUGACCCCACCGCAGAGGACACAUACACCCACAGUGUGGAAGGGUGGGGGGCCCACCACACACAGAGGACACACACCCGCCCUGUGGAAGGGCAGGAGGGGGCAGUUUUGGGUCAGACACUGAUGAGGAAGCGGGACUUAGGCCCAGCGAGGGGGUGUGAGGUUGCUGGUGCCCUCGUGAGGCCUCGGUCCUGCUGCCUGUGCCAGCGGUGAGGGCCAAGGGCUCAGGGCUGGGAUCCAGGUUCUGUUGUGCAAGAAAAAGGGAAUGAGACUCUCAGUACCACCCACUUAGCAAUAAAGGAGGAUCGUUCUGUACUGUUAAUGGAAACUGCUGGGACGAGUCGUUCAUGAGAAUAUAGCCAGUGUUUGUCUCGUGACCUUGUGCUUUUGAAGUCAGACAAAACCGUGUGGUCAACUUGCACAAAGGAGGGUACACAGCGACCACCAAGACUCAGACCAACCAACAGGGCGGCUUCCUCAUGGUGCUUGUUUGUUAUAUCUAUCUAACCCUGCUUGACACUUUCCCCAAGGGAAAUGGUCCCUUGAUAGAUGCUAGCAGCGUUGCUUCAUAGUGUGGUGACUGGUUAGAGAGAUUCAUGUGCUCAGCCAAUCACGGUUCCAAACAAAAUUUUUAUGUGCAAAGGACAGCAACCUUCUCGUAUGUUAAACCACCAGUAAGCUUUGUACAUCUGUGAUAACGCCUGUUUUAUAUUCAAAUGAACAAAUAAAAGCUUUUAUUUUUGUUGCUCUGAAAAUAGCAGUUUCUUAAUUGGUCCCCUGGAGAGCUGGGCCAGCUUCCAUCCCAGGAAGGUAGUGACUCCUACCAGGAAUGGAUCCCACUCUGUUUACAUAAUUUGUUGCAUUAUUUAUCAGUACAGAUAAUCAUACUUUGAACAAUGUUUAAAUUUUGAUGUGGGCAUUUAUUGCUAAAAAAUUCCUAUGGCAACAAAUGUUUUGUGAAAUGUUUUUUUUUUAAUUCUUUUAAAUAUAUCUAAAUAUAUUUGUUCACAUUUUC